UCAUCUGCAGGCAGAGAUUCAUAGACAUCGUCACCCAACUUGUAAUCUCUGUAUACAUCAACUGUAUAUUCCUCCAAGGAGUAGGCAGGUCCAAAUCAUCGGACGUUUAUCCAAGACUCUAAAGAAAAUAAUCAAAAACAAAAGGAGAGCAUGUUUGUUUGUUUGCCACAUGCCCCAGGCAAGCCAAAAUUCCUGACACCCCGUUAAUGCGCUGCCUCUAACAUUCCUUUACGCCAACCCUGUUGACACACCAAUGAAACCUCCAUCAACCCCAUAAACAACUCUUCUCUCGUCCACCCGACUUCCGCCCCAUUCCCUCCCCAUCCAAGGUACCUAGGUCCCCCUUGCAUAUCACCAGAAACGGGACAUGGGUGUCAGUAGUUAAAGUAUCCUGCACGUCCUCACUCAUGUAGAACCUCUACUUUCUAUAUCUAUAAAGUCUUGAUUGAACAUACAACCUUAUCCACAUACCAAGAUCAAUCAAUAUAAAUCUCAAUAUGAAUAUGCGCGGCCAACUCUCCGUGCGUUACAUCACCACCCUCUGCCUCUUGGCCACAGGGAUCUACGGCCAAAUGAUGGAAAGAUCCGAUGGAAUCGAUACGGGAAAUACACUCUGUGUAGGGGAUUGCGUGACGAGCGUGCAUGAAUUGAGAUGCGAGGCUCCUACCGUGCCCUUCGUAUGUGAACACCUUUUGUUUCUCCCUUUCGCCUUUCUGCCAUUUCCUAUACACUUUUUUCUCCUACCGGAUAUGGUAGACGUGAACGCUAACCAGUGCCAUCGUAUAUAGUUCCGACCAGCGAAGGGGUGCUACGCUUGCUGUUUUUCGGAUGACCAUGCGGAUGACUGGGCGGAUCACAUUAACUGGGGAAAUGAGAAACAUCCAGAGGAGGAGAAGUCGUGACCCCGGGUAUAGAUUCAAUUGGUUUUGGAAGAGACUGCAUGAGAGUGUGUGGUU